AUUUCUUCUCAGCGCCUGGCCGGUGGCUCGCCGGGCGGAGCUCUCCCCUGAGACGACGUUUGGACGUCGCCGCGAAGCCAAGAGGAUCCCCGGCGGAGGGGGCUGCGAGAGGACGAGGCUGCCCGACGGAGGAGAGGCGGGGGCUGCAGAGCCCGGCCUGUGAGGGCGGCGGCGGGCGCGCGUCUUGCGGGGGCUCCAUGACUGGGAACGGAAGAAUCGAGCCGUCCCUCUGCCAGCCUCCCGCCCCCAACCUCCGUGGGCGGCAGUGAAGAUGGGCCCCCCCUCUCCUCCUCGUGGCUGGGCUGAGCUUCCCUGGAAAGAUGCACCGUGAUGACUCCCACCGAGCGGCGGCACGAGUACCGUCGACGGCCGCGGCGGCCCCGCCACCUCCUUCUCCUCUAGCGGCAGCUGCCGAGAGCUCAGCUGUAAUGGAAACUGGGGGCGAUGCCAGGACAGCACCUCCGCGGCGGGCAGGCGCAGGACCAGGCGGCGGCGGCGGCGGCGGCGGCGAGGUUGGAGCUGCUGUGGCUGCAGAACGCGCCGGCUUCCCAGCGGCUGCCGCGGCUGCUGCUUUCGCUCCUGCGGGUGGAAAGGGUAUGAAUAUUGAUGGAGCAGGCGGCGGCGGCGGCGACAGCAGCAGCAGCGCGUCAGGCAUGGACCCUGCUGCAGUGCCGAGAGGAGGCCGACCCGCGGCCCCCGCCCCUUUCCUGCGAGUGCCUUACGCCAAGGAUCCCAAAGCAGCCCACCAGCGCUUCCUGCGGAGGAGCGUGGUGGACUCCGACCAGGAGGAGCCCACCUUCGAGCCGCCCGAGCCGCAGCAGCCGCAGCAGAAGAAAAUCAUCCUCUUCUCCAAAACCAGGAGGAUAAUCGCCGAGAGGGUGAAAGCAGGGCAGAGGCCGGUGGUGGAAGAGGCGCAGCCCGGGGAACAGCCCGCCGAGCCGGCGAAAGCGGCGGCCGCCCCGGAGGGUCUUCUUAGUUCAGCAGCAGCAGUAGUACCGGCAGCAGCAGCAGCCGAGGAGCCGAAGGAGAGGAGCUGCAAGGAGGAUGCGGAGAAGAAAGAGGCGCCGGAAUCUCUCAAGGAGCAGAGCAAGUCCAAGAAAGAGGAGGCGGAGGAUGAGGAGGAAGAGGACGACAUGAAGGCGGUGGCCACCUCCCCCGAUGGCAGGUUUCUAAAGUUUGAUAUCGAGCUCGGAAGAGGGUCUUUCAAAACAGUCUACAAGGGGCUGGACACGGAGACCUGGGUGGAAGUGGCUUGGUGCGAACUCCAGGACCGAAAGCUGACGAAAGUGGAACGGCAGAGAUUUAAAGAGGAAGCAGAAAUGUUGAAAGGCCUUCAGCAUCCGAACAUUGUUAGGUUUUAUGACUUUUGGGAAUCGUGUUUAAAAGGAAAGAGGUGUAUUGUGCUGGUUACAGAACUGAUGACAUCUGGAACCCUGAAAACUUAUUUGAAGAGAUUUAAAGUGAUGAAACCAAAAGUCCUUCGUAGCUGGUGCCGGCAAAUCCUGAAGGGUCUCCAUUUUCUGCACACUAGAACUCCACCAAUCAUUCACAGAGACUUAAAAUGUGACAAUAUUUUUAUAACUGGACCAACUGGAUCUGUGAAGAUAGGAGAUUUAGGUCUGGCAACUCUCAAAAGAGCUUCAUUUGCCAAAAGUGUAAUAGGUACUCCAGAAUUUAUGGCUCCAGAGAUGUAUGAAGAACACUAUGAUGAAUCCGUGGAUGUAUAUGCUUUUGGAAUGUGUAUGUUGGAAAUGGCUACCUCAGAAUACCCAUAUUCAGAAUGCCAGAAUGCUGCUCAAAUUUACAGGAAAGUAACCUGUGGUGUCAAACCAGCAAGUUUUGAUAAAGUUACCGACCCUGAAAUUAAGGAGAUAAUUGGAGAAUGCAUUUGCAAAAAUAAAGAAGAGAGAUAUGAAAUUAAAGAUUUACUAAGCCAUGCCUUUUUUGCUGAAGAUACUGGGGUAAGAGUGGAACUUGCAGAAGAAGAUGAUGGUAGGAAAUCCUCUAUUGCCUUAAGACUCUGGGUAGAAGAUCCUAAGAAACUGAAAGGAAAACCCAAAGAUAAUGGAGCCAUUGAGUUUACUUUUGAUCUGGAGAAGGAAACUCCUGAUGAUGUUGCACAAGAAAUGGUAGAUGCUGGAUUUUUUCAUGAGAGCGAUGUCAAAAUUGUUGCAAAGUCAAUACGUGACAGAGUAGCAUUAAUACAGUGGAGAAGAGAGAGGAUUUGGCCUCUCCUGCAAUCAGAAGAACAACGGGAUCCGGAGAGUUUAGAAAAAAUGAAGAUUCCACAAGCACAACCAGUUCAGGUUAUGUACCUUUCUCACACUGGUCAUCACAUCCUGUCAGAACCAGAAGAGCCUGAAGCUGACCAGAAUCUUUCUCAGCAGAAUCUUCCCACAAGCGUCACUUCACUUGCAUCUGAUAGCACAUUCGACAGUGGGCAGGGAUCAACCGUGUAUUCAGACUCCCAGAGCAGCCAGCAAAGUGUCAUCUACUCAUCUAUGCCUGAUGCAAUACCUCCUGCAAUUCAGCGGGUCUAUAGCCCACCUCUCAGCGAAAGCCAGACUUUACCCCAUGGUCUUCAGCAGCUGGGACCCUACCAGCAGCCUUCAGUGCCUGGACUUCCAGUGGUUCAGGCUCCACCUGCUGUUGUCUCUCAGCGACCACAACAUUAUCAAGAACCAGCAAUCCCGUUCCCUCUCGUCCAUCCCACCUCCGUUGCUCCUGUCCAGAUGAGACAAUCACAGCCUGUGUUAGCCAGCCAGCAGUCCAUCCCACCUCCAGCUCCUCUACAGCAUGUUCUAGCCAACCAGCCCAUUUGCCCAGUGCAGCAACCUGCACCUCACCUAUUGCCCCAGUAUCAAACUCCCAGUUCUCAGGUGGCAGCUAGCAAUGCUUCUCUCACACCUCUGCAGAUUCCCCCUGUGCAGCAACUUCCAACAGUCCCACCUGGCCAGAUUCCUCAGUUUCCCGUCAUUCCCGCAGUUACUCCUCUGGCAGGACUUGAUAGCCACCCUCCAAACUUGUCUGAUAUACCUGCUGCAAAUGCGCCCCCUAUACCUGCUCCUUCUCAGUAUUUUCCUCCAGCUGUGAUUUUACCAAGCUUCCCCAUGAACCCUGCUCUGCCACUGACAUCAAAUUCCCCUGCCCUGCCCAUGCAAGCGGUCAACCUUCCUCAUACUUCUGUGGCUUCCUUGGUCUUGCCCUGCCAAACAAUUGUGCCAAAUAUGUCGGCUGCUCCAGUACCAUUACUCGCUGUAGCUCCACCAGGAGUGUCAGCUUUGCCAGCACAUCAUGCAGUAGCCCAGCUCUCUCAGCAGCAGAUGUACCAGGCUACCCUCCAGCAGAUAAUUCAGAAUGAAGUUCUUCCCUCUCCCCAUCACACCCAGAACAUGCAAGCAGUUUCACAACAGCAGCAGCAGCAGCAGCUGCCUCCACUUCCUCAGUCACUUCAACCAAGCAUAAUUCAUCCUUCAGAACAGACUAUGUCUGCAUCUGGGGCUGGUAAUCAGAUUAUUGGACACCCUCAGUAUACUGUGGAUAUUGGGACCCAGAUGCCUGCGUUGCCAGUGCAGCCUUCUGCAGUUAUGUCACCACCAUUGCAAUUGCAGCCUGAAGCAUUGCAUCCCUGCAUUGGUCCAGAAGGUCUUCCACAAAGCACCAUUGCUCCAUCAAAUGCAGCAAUGCCUAUAGAUCAUGGGCUGCCUCUCCAGUCUACUGGUUAUCUGCCACCUCAGCCAGAUAAUCACCAGCCUCUGGGCCAGCAGGUCCAAACUUCAUGCCCUGUUAUGCCACUGGCUACAGAAUCUUCUCAAGAGGAGCAUGGAAUGAUGGAAAAGCAGCAGUCACUAUCACAGAGCUGUGAAAGUUACAUGAGUCCUGAUGUGGCUUCUGGUAAAGAGAUGAGUGACAGUUUUGAAGGAACAAGUGGAAGUAGUAAACAAGAAGGAAAAUCUUCCAAAAAGCAUAAGAAAUCAACACGUACUCGUUCACGCCAGGAAAAAUCCAACAGGCCCAAACUGACAAUUUUAAAUGUAUGCAACACAGGGGAUAAGAUGGUGGAAUGCCAGCUAGAAACACACAAUCACAAAAUGGUUACAUUUAAGUUUGAUUUAGACGGUGAUGCACCAGAAGAAAUUGCUACUUACAUGGUGGAAAACGAAUUUAUAUUGCCUACUGAGAAAGAGAUAUUUAUAGAGCAACUGAAAGAAAUCAUUGACAAAGCUGAAGAUAUGCUUAGUGAAGAUACAGAAGGGGAACGAAGUUCUGAUCAGGGAGCAAGCCCUCAGCAAGACACUUGCAGGCUGGAAAACAAUGAGGUGAAUCGGCAAUCCCAGGCAAGAAUGCCAGUGUACCAACAGAAUGUUCUGCAUACAGGAAAGCGGUGGUUUAUCAUUUGUCCUGUUGUGGAAAAUCCAGCUGCUGAAGCACCAGAAUUCACUUCACCUGCUCCUCAAAGUGCAAAACAGGCCGACGCUCCAGAUGUGGAACAGUCGGACGAUCAGCAGCAGAGCUCUACAGCAACAGACAAACUCACAAACACAGCCCAUCAGCAGCUUUCAGGUCAAAGGAGCGCCAUGGACAGCCCCAGGGCAACUCCUCCUCCUGCUCCUCUGACACAAGUCUCCACUGCAGCACCAACCUCCCUUCCACAGGUCCAGCCAGAAACAUCCACUGCAACACCCCCAGUGACGGCUCCAUGUGCUCCAGAACAGGUUGCUGACCACACAGGCCAACCAGAGUACCCUCCGCAACAACAGCCUGUUGCAUCCAGUCAGCCUGGUACACCUGCUGCCCCCAGUGCAACUUCACUUGAAGAACGUCCUGAGGCUCAGCUUCCUCUAAAUCCCCCGUUGCAGGCACUCCAACGAAUAGAUGAAAACCCUUGUGUCCCUGAGACAGAGGCUGAACAGGGCACUGCUGGGCUGCCAGAUCCGAUCCAGACUGUUCCUGCACGGGCAGCAGAAGCCUGCCCGCUCCCUGCUGUCUCUGAUGAGACUAUUUUGGAACAACAGCCUCCAACACAAAUCCUCAACUUGCCAGACAACAGUCAGCCUAGUCAGAUGCCUCAUUCUUUUGCAAGCCAGGCACUUCCUGUGUCUGCCGUCCCUGAUCCUCUGAUUCUAGCAGCACCUCAGCUUUCAAGUCCCCCUCACUCAUCAGCAGCUACAUCCCAGUUACAAACAAUGUCAUCCCAGUCCCAGCCCACAUCAUCCACUGGCCUUGCAGUUAGCGCGCCUCAGCCGCCUUGUGCUGUAGAAUCAGAUGGUGAAGGACCACCGAGAGUUGAUUUUGCUGACAACACAAUAAAGAGUCUGGAUGAGAAGCUGCGCAACUUGCUCUACCAGGAAUAUGUCCCAACAUCUUCUGCAUCUGCAGCAACACCAGACAGCUUUGUACCUAUAGACCAAGGAGAUGGUGAAUUUAACUUGGCACCUUUGCCUGCGCUUGUGUUGGACCUGAAAGUUCCUGCAGCUGGCAUGGAUGUUAAGUCAGCUGAGGAUCAACCUGCACUCAACACAGCUCCCGUUCCGGUGAGAGAAGGAGAAGUUACUUCUACCAGCAUCCAGCCCUCAGAAAUAACCCAUGGAUCAACAAGCAGAGCAGGACAAGCUGCAAACAUUGGAUCCGCUUCUGUUGGCACACCAUCAGGACUCCCUCAGGUUGCUCAGAAAGAUGCUUCUAAGAGGAGUGAAAAGGAAAAUACUGCGCCGUUACUUGAAGAGAAAAGUAAAUCUGAAAAGGAUGACUCUGUGGACUCAAGCUGUAGUGAGAAACAAGCUGAAACACACGACAGCACACCAGCAAAAACUAUUGGCAGAUUUUCAGUGAUCAGUACACAGGAUGAAUUAACUUUACCACCUGUGCAUUCCUUGAGAUACUCUGCGCCACCAGAUGUUUAUCUAGAUGAUCAACCUUCUAGCCCUGAUAUGAAGACUUCUUUGCGGCGUGUGCAGACAGCAUCCUCUAUCGAUGUACUUUGUGGUCAGGAUUCUAGUGAUUCUGGCGAUGAAUCUCUUCAAAGGAAACCAGCUGCAGCUCCACCAUCACCACAGAGCAGUAGUGCAGGAAAUGACUACGUGAAAAAGACCUCAUCUUUUCUGCAAAAGUCUGGAAAAUCCAGUUCACAAGGCCUUGAUUCUCCUAAUGGUCACGGAUCAAAAAUCCCAACCAUCAACAUAACUUCUUUCCAUUCACAAUCAUCAUAUGUGAGCAGUGACAAUGACUCAGAGUUUGAAGAUGCAGACAUGAAGAAAGAAUUGCAGCACCUGAGGGAAAAACACAUGAAAGAAAUUACUGAGCUGCAGACUCAGCAGAAGAAAGAAAUAGAAGCCCUGUACAUCCGGCUGGGGAAGCCUUUACCACCAAAUAUCGGGUUCCUUCAUUCUGCCCCGCCAACUGGCCGCCGACGAAGAACCAGCAAGAGCAAAUUAAAAACCGGGAAAUUAAUAAAUCCUGUUCUUCAACAGCUCAAAACAACAACAUCCAGUACAAGUAGUGUAUCAGACUGCAAAGACACUCUGGCUAAAGAAAAUGCUAAAGCUCAGACUGGUUCUACUGAAGCAGCAGCGCUAACUUCGUCCACAUCAGCCAUACUUGGAAAGUCAGUUCAGACACAGCAACCCUGCUCUGUCAAGGCUUCCUUGUCCACUGACAUCUGCUCUGGAUUAGCUACCGAGGGAGGCGAUGCCCAUGAAAAUUCUGCCCAAGGCUGGACGGUUUUCCACCAAACGUCUGAGAGAGUGACCUAUAAAUCUAGUAGCAAACCUCGUACCAGAUUCCUCAGUGGACCUGUGUCUUUGUCCAUCUGGUCCACCCUGAAACGACUAUGUCUAGGCAAAGAUCACAGUAGUAGAUCCUCGACAAACAGCCUUGCAGCAUAUCCGGACCCUCUACCACAAACAACGCUACAGGUGCAAGUACAAGCCAACAACAGCAACAACAAGAAAGGAACUUUCACAGACGAUCUCCACAAACUGGUGGAUCAAUGGACAAGCAAAACCGUGGGAGCUGUGCAGGCGAAACCAUCCUUAAAUCAACUUAAGCAGAACCAAAAGCGGCAAGACAUGGAGCCAAAGGCUAACCCCAUGCAGACACUGAAUGAGACGUGUGGAGUUAAUUCAGUAAGAACAGGAGUGGGGGAAAAGACAAUUGUUCCAGUCUCUUGCCCAGUGCCAGCUGCAUUAACUCCUGGAGUUUCACCAUCCCUGCCAGUGCCUAUGCCAGGUACUACCCUUUCUGGCACAGUAAAACCUUAUGUGAUGCCUCUUUGUCAAUAUGGAGGAGUUUUCCCUACAUCCGUUUUUGGAGUGCAGUGGUUGGGCCCAGCCACACAGCCUGGGAUUGCAGGAGGCCAGAGCGUUGCGCCAUUCCCAACUCUGGGCAAAAAUGGCUUGCAGCUGUUUCCAGUGCCGCUGCAGCAAACUGUGGUCAGCCCACCAGGCUCUAACAUGAGAAUAACCUAGCUCUGCCGCCUUUCGAUAGCUGAAGGUGCUUUCCCACAUCGCCAGGGCGGCCUGUUUGAGCCUAUGUACGGGGUAUGUUGACCUGCCGGCAUUCGGUUCAGGCCUGCUAGCGUGCACACCAUCCAUACACCGAAUCAAGCAAUCACUGUGAAAUGUUUUCACACCGAUUCGUUUGUGGUUAUGGCAAUAUUUGCUUCUCCUUCCUUGCCGAAGAUCACUUUAUUUUGUGCUCUGGUGUUUGAAACCGCAAACUUCAGCGUUAAUGUACUUGAAUUGAUGGUUAAGACAACUGUAUUAAUCCUGCAGGAGUAUUAGUGCCUUGAAUUCAAGCUUUUCAGUUCUCGCUGGAAAGAUGUAAAUAAUAAGAAUAAUUGAAAAGUGUAUUUUAUUUACAAUCUGCUUGUGUGAGGUUAAUUUUUUUUUAAUUUGUGAAAAUAUAUAUAUAAAUAUAAAUAUAUUGGGGGAAAAUGUUGAAGGUUUACAUUUGAAACUCUUGCCCAGUUUUGUUCCAUUUUUCUCCUGUAAAUGCUUUUAUUUUAACUGGUGGUUAAAGGGUGAGUUUAAAAAAGAAAAAGGGUGGCUUAAAUGUUUACAGAGAGAGUUACUGAUGGAAGGCUUUUCAUUUUAAUGAAGACUAAUAACAUGAGUAGCUUUCUUUUGCAAUAGGAGCAUUUACAAGAGCUUGAAAUUAAGUUGUAUAUAUGUGUGCAGAUAAUAGCUUUGGGCAGUGCCAUUCACUUUGUUAUGCAAUCUUUCUGGAAAAGCUGUUGCAAGCAAAAACUUCUGCUUUAAUAUGAAAUAGCAAAUUUGGCAAUCAGUUUAAGAUGCUUUUCUCUCCCUCCCCCUUUUCUCUCCUUCCCUCCCUCUCUUUCUCAUUUAGCCGCAAAAAACAAUAAACAAAAACUAUUCUGAACAAAUUAUGUAAUUUAAAUUCAAUCCGUGCAUGUUUCAUUUGUGAAAUAAACUAAUCAAAAUAUUGGUUAUAGGAGAGCCCACCCCAAAGUUACUAUUUAAAAACCCGUAUGUAAGUACAGAACUUUACUUGCAUGCCAUUGCCUUUAUUCCAACAGCAGUCGUAGUUCAGAACCAUAUUUGAAGCGCUUACAGUAUUCUCACUGAAGUGGAACUAAAUGUGAAGCUUUCUUGAUUAUUAUCCACCCUACUUAUUUAGUAGUGUUGUUGUUUGACCACAUUUGAAUUUAUUUCGUCAUUUUUCACUCAGUUUGCACUGUAGAUAGAAUGGGCACCUCUUUCCUCUUUUGACUUGUGCUUUUUUUUCAUUGGGUUCACUUAACUGUACAUAGACUUUGCACCUUCACCUCUCAAUGUAAAGGCACAAGGUAACUACUAAGAUUGAUUUGCAGAUUGGUAAGUCUCUAUUUACUUGAAAUUAAAACAAAACUAAACUAGGACAAGCAUAAUGGCACACAUUUUAAAAUAAAAAGCAUUGCAACAGAAAAGUUGAAGGCACACUGCACUCACAUUCUCUCUUUAUGGCAAUGACAUUUUUGAACUACCUGCUGAAGAGUCGGAGCUGUUUUGCGCUGCCGAUCCGUGAAUUGUAUAGUUCUAUUGUACUUUGAGCAUUAAAAACUAUCUGAAACGUUUCGUUGGAUCCAUUUAGUUUAUAUUACUCCAUCAAUUCAGUUAGAAUUGAAUUUUGUAGAACAUGGUGCAGAGUCAUCUGCCUGGGCAAAAUACAUGCUGUAGUAAGAGAUUUCUGCUCUCUGUAACAUGUAUAUUUCAUUUGUUUGAGACUUUAUUUUAGAUUCAUGUCUGUAUGCUUUAUGAGCAAAAUAUGGAAAAUCUUGUUCUCACUAUUCCUACCCCAUUGGCUUGCACUGAAGCCUUCGGUUUGUUGGUAUUGCCUGUUGUAUAGCCAUGCCCCUUGUAAGCUGACAAGUCAGUGGCACUAACUCCUCACUCCCAAGAGAUUGUAUAUAUUCAAGAGAAGACAAAAUAAAACAUUUUUGUGCUUGAAAAA